AUGCCGAUGAUCGACGAUAACAUUAGACACACCUCUUCCGGAGAAAGUUACGAGAUAUCCCAAAAGAGACAUUCAAACAAUCAGCCUCCAUUGUCUGCACUUCGUAAGCAGUUGCCCGAUUUAAGAGCUCUGGUGUUGGGGUUUCAACCAAAUCCACCGAAAAGUACUCUAAUGCAAGUUCUGACAUGGAAAAGUAAGAUUUCUUCAAGAAGUAUGAUUUCUUCCCACACCCAGAGAGCUUGGGCUGCACCACUAGGGGCACUGCCCUGA